CUGAAGCUCAGUUUUUGACACAAUCACUUGAAAUGAUUGUUCACCAUAUUUUUUAAUCAUUCAGUAGAAGGUCACGUGGCUUUUGGAAAUUCAAAAAGCGUACCACCUAUCGCGAGAGUGUACUAGUUGAACUGCUUUCAAUAAUUGUCUUUCAAAAUGAGUGCUGACAAAGCGGACCCACCAUAUCCAAAGUCUCCGGAUCUCGACGGUCUCCCACAACCAUAUCCCCCCCAAUAUCCUGAUACAGUAGUUGUGGAACAGCCUUGUCCGGUAAUCACCGACUCACAUUUUGUUCCCGGACCAGAUCCAGUAAAUACCGUGUGUCCAUACUGUCAUAAAGAUGUUACAACUCUUGUGACCUACAAAACAGGAAUAUUAACAUGGGCGGGAUGUUUUGGGAUUUUUAUAAUUGGGUAAGUCUUCUCAUAUUUGUAUAUAUACAUUUAUGCAUAUCAUACUUCACUCAUAUUUCGAGAUUAUCAAGAAAAUUAGCUACGUAAUUCUGAAAUAUUGUACUCAACCGGAAAAGUAUCAAGCAGGUGAGAACUGGGAGCGUAUAUUUCUCUUUUGAUAAUAAAAUUUAAUAUUGCCAGUACAUCUGACAUAAGAUUAUUAGGUUUUUUUUGAAAGUCUCAUACAACUCCUCCUUGACUAAUAAGAAGCAAAAACCUUUAGAAAUUCACUGUAAUCUUUAAUAACCUUUGUGUUACAUUUCACAUAUCUCCGUAUUUAAACUACAUUGAACAGUCCUGUCAUCUGAACAUUUAAAACAGUCAAAAAUAUCUUUAAUUCCCCAUACGUUUUUAUUAGUAAGAAUGAAUAAUCAAUUUGAUAUCCAUCUCAAGACCAUCAAGCAAAUAACGAUGAAAACAUAUGUAUAGAAUUAUUGGAAAUACAUUCUUAUCAUUAUUGUAUAAUUCCAUACAAAAAAAUUAUGAAAAUAGUAUGAUGAAAGUUAGCUCGUCAACAUAACAAACACAGAUCAUUUACAACCCUAAUAAUCCCAAUGAUAAAAAAACUCCUGGUCUCAAAUUCAUCUACGUAGCUGUUAUGCCAGAAAAUAUUUCGAAAAUUAAUUUAUCUUUAGUUAAUAAAAACAACUGAGAUAAACAAUUAACCAUCGGCGUAUAACAGUAACAUAACAAAUCUAGGCUUAUCAACUUGCUAAGCUGAUUUUUAUUCCAGUAAUGCACAAUCAAACCUUCAUAUGGCAUAUAAAUUCGGAUAUUUAUAUGUAGCAAUAGGAAUCAUAUCAAUCAGCUACUGAAUCAUUUUUCAAUAGUUCAUAUUCCCAAUAAGUUCGUUUUAACAUUCAGUGAUCCACCAUAUGAAUAACUGCAUCGCUCUCAACUUUUAUAAUUUUGUGCUUACC